AUGUCGAGGAUAAUGCUCUUUUACCCUAGUCUCCAAGUCGUAGUAGCCGCACCUGGACGAAGAUUGGCUUUAGGGCGAAUAUUCCGUGAGGAUAAGGUAAUUGUCAAGAAGGAUUUCCAUCUUUAUCUGCAUAUGCGGAUCGCAAUAUUUCUGAUGUGGACAUCCCGACCAAAUGCAACAACCCAUCCAAUGGCCAAGAGCGUGUCGACUGACUUCAAACGGUUACGGCCAUCUACAGUAUCAUCCGUUGAAUUCUCGUCAAAUCCUUAUGCGAUACACCGUACUUUUGUCAAGAUGUCAAACUUAUUUUUAAAAGUGUACCAAGAUGCCGAUGAUCAGAUUCACGAUGAUGAGGAUCCGUUCCCAGCUUACCUCGAUGGGAUCGAUACGACGUUAGCACCUUUUUGUCCAACCUCGGCAGCACGAGUGUUGAAAGCCUUGCGGAUGGCCAAUGUUAAUGAACACGAUGUGCUUGUCGAUUUAGGAUCAGGAGACGGUCGGUUCAUUACAGCCUCCGUCUCGGAAUUCAAUGCUGCUAGAGCAGUGGGUAUUGAAUCCGAUGCAGAUCUGGUCGAGCAAUCACGGUUACUAGCACAACAAGUUCUCGGAAACGACAGUCGAGUGACGUUUAUUCAAGGCGAUUUACUGAAUUUACCCACCUUGGUGCACGACACACAGUGGAGCGUGAUUGUCUUAUUUUUGUUACCAGACCACACUGAGAAAUUCGCAGACUUACUCUUACACCAUUACCGAAAGGGAGCUCGUAUUGUCAGUUUGGUUUUCAAUUUAAAUGAAAUACCAGAAUUAGACUUGAUAACGUCAGAUGAACAAGAUGGCAUUUUUGUUUAUGGAAAUCACAUGUCCGCCCUAUCCAAAUAA